AUGAAUCAUCCUGCUGCUGUAUAUCAACCACAAGGACAGUAUUCGAGUUACCCACCACCUCCCCUUCAACGGCCGCGACCCCACGAAAUCACAUCACCAAGCUACGAUCCUCCGGGCCCGCCACUCCCGCAAAGACCUAGUGCCCAGGCACCAGAGGGAAAUUUCGAUCUUGAAGCCCAGACUACUCCUUAUCCACAGCCUCUUUACAACCCGGUUGCAUACGCUCCCGGCGAACAAUUCCAGCAAUUCCAACCACCGCCCCAGCGCUACAAACAGACGUUUGCCAGUAACGACGACCCAUCCAAUCUCGUCCACUAUAUCCGCGAUCCGCAUAAGCUGAUAGGAUAUUUGGUUCCGUUCCCGCGUCCAGUACUUCCCAAUGUUGAUCCAGAAACCAUACCAGCCCGCUUUAUGAUCUACACGCCGCCACCUCCUCCACUGCAAAAGCCCGCUGAAGGCGAAAAGGAAGCCAAGUUGCACAAGGUCCAGCGGAAGUGGCAAGAAGAAGUCCGCUCCGCCAAGACCAGCACCGCCAAAACGGCCAGUUGGAAGGGUGUCAAAUCUAAAGCGACGCGCGGGAUUGAUUGGGCCAUUCACAAGACCACGUCCUCGAACUUGGAUUUCUUAGGCCGUGUAUCUCCCGGUCCCCACCCGUCGCAUUCUGAUGAUGAGAAAGACCACCAAGGCGCCGAAACGCAUAAGACUGUGGCAGUCGAGGAAAUGGUAUUCAUAUACCCACCUACCCUCAACCUGACGGACCAGCAGAUGCGCGAAGAGUUCGUCAAUACAAUGCUGCGCACAAAAUCCAAGGCGCAGAGAGACACCAUCAUCGCGACCGGGCUCAUGCCAGUGGCUUACGGAAUUGAUAUCCUAGCCACAUUUAUCUGGCCGUUCGGUGGGUUGGGCGAGAUCGAUACGGUUUGGGCAUACGCAAGUUUUCGUGGCGCGAAGACCGCAAGAUCCGUGACGAAGAGGUUGACCAGCUCGACUCAGUCAUCUCCCAACCAUGAAGACGAAUCCAACAAGUUGAAACUCACAUUCACACACUCCCAACGCCUCGAAGUCCUUCGCAGGUAUCUCGAAGCAGAAUGCCACAAGGCCGAUUCCAAGUUGUUCCCGCGCUACGAGCACUCUCCGACAGAAAGCGACAUUUUAGAGGCUAUAGGGUGGUCGCCCAGCCGUGAGACCGAGGAGAAGAAUUGGGAGGAUGAACAUUGGGAGAUACAGGAGGUCAAGGAGGAUCUGAAGACAGUGUUCAAGAAGGCAGCGAGUGAAUGGAGGAAGUGGUGCCGGCUGUUGGAGAAGAAGUAA